AUGGGCCUCGAUAAGUCCCACGUUAACGUCGUCGUCAUCGGCCACGUCGAUUCCGGCAAGUCGACCACCACUGGCCACUUGAUCUACAAGUGCGGUGGUAUCGACAAGCGUACCAUCGAGAAGUUCGAAAAGGAGGCUGCUGAGCUCGGCAAGGGCUCGUUCAAGUAUGCCUGGGUGCUCGACAAGCUCAAGGCUGAGCGUGAGCGUGGUAUCACCAUCGAUAUCGCCCUCUGGAAGUUCGAGACCCCGAAGUACAUGGUCACUGUCAUCGACGCUCCUGGCCACCGUGACUUCAUCAAGAACAUGAUCACUGGUACCUCCCAGGCUGAUGCGCUAUCCUCAUCAUUGCCGGUGGUACUGGACGGCCAGACCCGCGAGCACGCCCUCCUUGCCUUCACCCUCGGUGUCAGGCAACUCAUCGUCGCCGUCAACAAGAUGGACACCACCAAGUGGUCAGAGGACCGCUUCAACGAAAUCGUCAAGGAGACGUCCACCUUCAUCAAGAAGGUCGGCUACAACCCGAAGGCGGUCGCCUUCGUCCCCAUCUCUGGCUGGCACGGUGACAACAUGCUUGAGGAGUCGGCCAAGUACCAUGCCAUGGUACAAGGGCUGGACCAAGGAGAACAAGGCGGCGCCGUCAAGGGCAAGACCCUCCUCGAUGCCAUCGAUGCCAUCGAGCCCCCCGUCCGUCCCUCCGACAAGCCGCUCCGUCUCCCCCUCCAGGAUGUCUACAAGAUCGGUGGUAUCGGUACGGUGCCCGUCGGUCGUGUCGAGACUGGUAUCAUCAAGGCCGGCAUGAUCGUCACCUUCGCGCCCACGAACGUCACCACUGAGGUUAAGUCCGUCGAGAUGCAUCACGAGCAGCUCGAGCAGGGUUCCCCCGGUGACAACGUCGGCUUCAACGUCAAGAACGUGUCGGUCAAGGAUAUCCGCCGUGGUAACGUCGCCUCCGACUCCAAGAACGACCCCGCCAAGGAGGCCGCGUCGUUCAACGCCCAGGUCAUCAUCCUCAACCACCCUGGUCAGAUCGGUGCUGGUUACGCGCCCGUCCUCGAUUGCCACACCGCCCACAUUGCCUGCAAGUUCGCCGAGCUCAUCGAGAAGGUCGACCGCCGGACGGGGAAGACGAUGGAGGCGUCGCCCAAGUUCGUCAAGUCUGGUGAUGCGUGCAUUGCCAAGCUUGUCCCGAGCAAGCCGAUGUGUGUUGAGGCCUACAACGAAUAUCCCCCUCUUGGUCGUUUCGCCGUCCGUGACAUGAGGCAGACGGUCGCCGUCGGCAUCAUCAAGAGCGUCGACAAGACUGACAAGUCUGGUGGCAAGGUCACCAAGUCAGCGGAGAAGGCAUCCAAGAAGAAGUAA